AUGGAGCAGCCGCGGGGGGCCACCGGCUCCUCUCCCCUCUCCCGCGGGACGCUCGCGGAGGAGCGGCCGGUCGCCGCGCUGUGGGGCUGCGAGCUCGGCACCGGCGCCCGGAGCUGCGUGGUGGAAGAGGGCGACGACUUCUUGGAGCAUCUGGUUCUGCUGAAAACCAUCUGCCUGGGGCCGGACGCCCGCGACGAGCUGCACGUGGUGGCCGUCGACUCGAAAAACACCUACGGGGACGCCAAGCCGGUGCCCAUCGCCUCGCUGCGCCUCUCCGUGCUCCCCAUGAUCAGCCUCAAGGGCCUGGAGUUCGUCCCCCCGGUCACCUUCGUGCUGCAGAGCGGAGCGGGGCCCGUCUACCUCCACGGGCAGCACCUGAGCCUGGAAGACGACGCCAGGUCUGAAGCCAUCGAGGACGCACUGUCGGAGGAAGACGCGGGUGAUGAAGACGACGCCGGUGCAGAGCGGGAUGCAGAGUAG